AUGAAUUGUUGCCAGACAUCACCAAGCCAUUCCUGGGUUUUUCCCACAGUCAUCCUCUGCUGCUUUGGAUUUUUCUCAAUGAUGAAACCAUCAGAACCAUUUGUUGUACCUUAUUUAGCAGGACCAGAUAAAAAUAUAAGCCUCAGCACGAUCACAAAAGAGGUCUUUCCCAUCUGGACAUACUCUUACCUGGCACUGCUGUUCCCAGUGUUCAUCGUCACCGACUACGUCCGCUACAAGCCAGUCAUUAUCCUGCAGGGGAUCAGCUUCGUCGUCACCUGGCUGCUGCUUGUGUUUGGUCAAGGACUGAGAGCCAUGCAGGGUUGCUACUCCUCAAAGCAUCUUUUUUACUGGUCCCUGUGGUGGGCUUUUUCCACAGCAGGUUUUAACCAGGUUUUGAACUAUGUUCAAAUCCUGUGGGAUUACAAGGCACCAUCCCAAAAUUCUUUCAUCUAUAAUGGGGCAGUAGAAGCCCUUGCAACGUUUGGAGCUUACAUUAAGGAGUUAGUUGUCAUUCUCAUUGCUGUUCCCCUAAAUGUGAUGAUUGCUGUUAACCUCAGCGUGGAACGCUAUGCCCUGAUAUUUGGAAUCAACACCUUCGUUGCCUUGGUGAUCCAGACUGUCAUGACUAUAGCUGUGGUUGACAACCAGGGACUGGGGCUUCCGGUCAGCAUACAGUUUUUAAUUUAUGGGAGUUAUUUCUCUGUUAUUGCUGGAAUUUUCCUAAUGAGAAGCAUUUACAUAAUCUAUUCAGCCAAAUGCAGACAGGGACGAUGUAAUUCUACUACUGACCAGAAUCCACAUGAUCCAGAGGACUCCAUUUCUGAUACGAACACAGUGACGCAGUUUUAG